AUGGCCCGGUCGGUGCAGCUAGCACCCGACUCGCUGGCGCUGGUGCUGUGCAGGCUGGAGCCGCAGAAGGGGACAGCGGCGGCUGGGGAUACUGAGGAGCCCGGCGGGAGCGCGGUAUUCCGCGCCUUUUGCAGAGCUAACGCGCGCUGCUUCUGGAAUGCACGACUGGCGCGCGCCGCCUCGCGGCUGGCCUUCCAGGGUUGGCUAUGGCGCGGGGUGUUGCUAGUGCACGCACCUCCCGCCAGUCUACAGGUGUUGCGCGACGCUUGGCGGCGCCGGGCGCUGCGCCCGCCGCGCGGCUUCCGCAUCAAGGCGGUGGGUGAUGUCUAUCCAGUACAAAUGGAUCUACUAGCACAAUCUCAGUUUGUACCUUUGGCUGAAGUUCUUUGUUGUGCUGUAUCAGAUAUGAAUGCAGCUCAGAUUGUAGUAACACAGGAAUCAUUACUGAAGCAUUUGGUGAAACAUUACCCAGGCAUUGCGGUUCCAUCUCAAGAUAUUCUCUAUGCCACUCUGGGUACUCUGAUUAAAGAAAGAAAGAUUUAUCACACUGGAGAAGGAUACUUCAUAGUUACCCCUAACACUUACUUUAUCACAAAUUCAACCACCCAGGAAGAUAAGAGAGUCUUGUCGGAGGGAAGUCAUUCAGUGCCGACUUGUAUCACGUAUCUGGUGAGCAUGGACGGCUCUGCAGAAUUCAGCAAAGAAACCGCGGCCAUCACUCCUCAUUGUCAGUCUUGCCAGUGCUUUCCUGAUGUAUGUACUCAGCCUUGUCAGGAACCAUCACCUGCUGCAGACGUGGUUAGAAAAGACCAGGAAGGACUCAGGGAAUGCAAACCUUUGGUACAGAAUCAGGAAGUUUCAGUGUCUGAGGAGAAUCAGGGCUACGAUCGGAUCAAACCUUUACCAUGCACAAAAGAUAGAGAAAAAGGCAAAAAGUUUGGCUUUGGUCUCUUUUGGCGCAAUAUAUCCAGAAAGGAAAAACCUAAAACAGAGCACAGCAGCUUCUCUGCCCAGUUCCCACCUGAAGAAUGGCCUGUUCGAGAUGAAGAUGACCUGGACAACAUCCCACGACACAUUGAGCAUGAGAUAAUCAAACGAAUCAACCCCAUUCUGACUGUUGAUAACUUAAUCAAGCACACUGUCCUAAUGCAGAAAUAUGAAGAGCAGAAAAAAUAUAAUAGCCAGGGUACUUCCACUGAUAUGCGGAUAGGUAGGCACAAAUCUUCCCCCAAAGAGGGAGUUAAGAAAAGGCAUGGUCGUUCUGCAAAGCCUCGAAGGCAGGGUCAUGGCCAUAGAGAGAGACACAAAGGCAGGAGUCAGGCAUGUGAGCCUCAGCCAAGAAGCAUUAGACACGGGAAACAUGCCAAGCUCCUCGUGACACAACCCACACCCAGAAGUCAAAGCCCAGACGAAACAGUUCAGAAACCACUUGGUGAGAAUCCAACAAUGCUAGGUUCUCAUUUGAUUUACAAAAGGAGAAUCAGCAAUCCUUUCCAGGGUUUGCCUCACCUCAAGAGCCCAGUAACCAGAGGGCACAAGAGUCAGAAGACCAGUACUCUGAAACCCAGUCAGACUGAACCAAAAGAAAGAACUUUCCAAAGGUCAAAGUCUUUAAAUUCCUCAAGAAUUUUUAACUGUGAAACCAAACAGUUAUAUACUGAACAACAUAAAGAUAAGUUGAAAGCAGAACCCAUUUAUGUGAGUAACUCUGUCAAACCUAUCAAUGAUGACUUUGGGGAUCACCUCCCAGAUUACCCUCAAUAUGGUGUUUUGCUAAUUGAUGGUUCCUUUAGGGAAGGCAUGUUGGGAUAUGAUGUGUAUGGUGGAGAAAGCAAGGAAACCCCUGAAGUCUUUAGGAAAAGUCAUUCUCACUUUGACAAAUUAGUGGAGACCAAAGAAACACAACAUGUCCUGCCUACUCAAGAUCCCUGCUCUUUAGACCAGGCUUCCUCUGCUUGUGGAUUAGUUGCUAAAACAGUACAACAAUUCCAAAACCUUGGCCUUUUGGAUUACCCAGUUGGUGUGAGCCAUUUGAGACAACCUGAGAGAAAGAUCAGAGACUCAGAAGAAAAAUUCCAGAGAAAGGCAUCCAUCCAGGACACAGAGACUGCUAAUGUAGAAAAUGACAGGCUUUCUGACAAUGACCAGGUCUUGUAUGAGAAUGAAGUGGAAGAUGAUGAUGGUGCCUGCAGUUCAUUAUAUCUAGAGGAGGAUGAUUUUUCAGAGAAUGAUGACCUAUAUCAAAUACUGCCUGGUCAUACUCAAUAUUCUUUUCCAGGUGGAAGUAAGUGGAAUCAUUUAGGAAAACAAAAGGUAACCACAAGAUCUUUGUCUGGGUACACCACCAAAAUAAGUAGGUUUGAGCCUGGGGUGCUUAAUGACAAUGAAUGUUACAAACCCACUGUGUUGCUCAGUAACCUGGGGGAAAGCCAAAAACCUAUCCUCUCUGCUGAAAGCUGUGGCCUUAGUUCAGAGGCCAGGUUUGCUUUUGAUGAUGAAGAGGAACCCAGUGUGGCUGGAUGCAUACAGGUCUCAGCGCUUGCUGAUGGAAGCGUGUUUGAUUACUGUAACACAAGGAAAGGCAAUUCUGAGGCUGAAAUCCUGCAAGACUCUGUUGAUGGUGUCAUAGGAAAGAAACCAGCUACUUGGAGUCAGAGUUCUCAGAAUCAGGAAAUUAGGAAAUGUUUCAAACAGAAGUUAGAACUUUACAAUUCUUCAAAUAUGUCAAUGGUGUCUCAGAAUAACCAACAUGAAGACAGUCAACAGGAAGGCACAGAAAAUCAUAGCAUGGCAGGAGAUAGUGGAAUAGAUUCUCCUCGGACACAGAGUCUGGCAUCCAAUAAUUCAAUCAUUUUGGAUGGACUGAAAAGACGACAGAACCUUCUGCAGAACUUUGAAGGCACAAAGAGCAGCAGUCAAACACGGGCACCCAAUUCCUUACUACAACUCACUCCAGUCAUAAAUGUCUAA